UGCUGGCUGGGGAAUUCUGGGAGUUGAAGUCCACCCAUCUUAAAGUGGCUGCGGUUGAGAAACGCCUCCCCCAAGCAUGGCUUCAGCCUGAAGCGCUUCACAGUCUCCGCAGGUCUUAUGGCGGGUCCCGAGCGUGCCAUGACCUCACAGCUCAAGAGAGGAAAAGCGGCGCGGAUCUCAGAACGUCCAGCUGCGAACGAAAAGGAGAUUCCGUUGGAGAGCGGCUUGGAGUUUCCCGAUGUAAUAAUAAAAGUGGAACAAGAAGAGGAGCAGUGGCUGUCAGUAAAAAAUGAACAAGAAAGGAAAGUGUUGGUCUCAUCUCUCCAAGAAAACGAAACUACAGUUGAUGCCGCUUUGGAGUUUCCUGCUGUGAUAAUAAAGAAGGAAGAAGAUGAAGAUCGGUGGGUGCUGUGUUACCAGGGUUCUGAAGGAAAUGGAGGCUUCCCAUCUGCCCAUUCAGAAGAAGAGCUGACACGGAGCUACGUGGGAGGGAAGGAGAAUAAAUGUGCUGAUUGUGGGAAAAGCUUCACGCAGAGGUCCAGCCUUGUCCGACAUGAGAAGACACAUACAGGAGAGAAGCCGUAUCAGUGUUUGGAGUGUGGGAGAAGCUUCAGCCAGAGAUCGAUCUUGACCAGACAUGAGAGAACCCAUACAGGAGAGAAGCCAUAUAAAUGUUCUCAGUGUGGGAAAAACUUCCGCCACAAAUCAGCGCUUCUCAGGCAUGAAAAGAUGGAGGCUGGGGAGAGGCCCUAUGAAUGUUCACACUGUGGGAAGGGCUUUAUUCAGAAAUCAAACUUUCUCAUCCACGAGAGAAUCCACACUGGUGAGAAACCAUACCUGUGCUCAGAUUGUGGGAAAAGCUUUGUCCAAAGGUGGCAUCUCCUUGUCCAUGAGAUGACACAUAAGCAGGAGGCAUCUCAUGAGUGUUCAAGAUGUGGGAAAAGAUUCAAUCACAGCUUAAGCCUUCUCAUCCAUGAAAGAAGCCACAUGGGGGAGAAAAUAUAUCAGUGCUCAGACUGUGGGAAAAACUUCACUCAGAGAUCCAGCCUUGUUCGACAUGAGAAAACUCACACAGGAGAGAAGCCGUAUAAAUGCACAGAAUGUGGUAGAAGUUUUAGCCAGAGGUCUAUCUUGACCAGACAUGAGAGGACCCAUACAGGAGAGAAGCCAUAUAAGUGUUCCGAAUGUGGGAAAAGUUUCCGUCACAAAUCAGCGCUCCUCAGGCAUGAAAAGAUGGAAGCGGGCGAAAGGCCUUAUAAAUGUGUGCACUGUGGAAAAGGUUUCAUUCAACGGUCAAACUUCCUGAUACACGAGAGAAUCCAUACUGGUGAAAAGCCCUAUCAAUGCACAGACUGUGGGAAACGUUUCCUUCAAAGGUCACACCUUCUCGUCCAUGAGAUGACUCAUAAGGAAGAGGAACCCUAUGAGUGUUCAAAAUGUGGGAAGCAAUUCCAUCACAGCUUAAGCCUUGUGAUCCACAGAAGAAGCCACACAAGAGAGAAACCAUAUCGUUGUUCCUCUGGUGGGAAAGGCUUUGUUGAUAAAUCGAGUUUUAGUAGACAUGAAAAGUUACAUCAAGGGGAGAAGCUGUAUUCCUGCUCCAGCUGUGGGAAACACUUUAGUUAUAGAUCAGCUCUCCUCAGACACAAAAGACCUCAAGUGGGAAGGAAGCCAUACUGGUUCUCUCCCUGUGGAAAAUACAUCAUUCCAAAAUUAAAGCUUCUUGCACCCAAGACGCCCCAUAAUGGACAAAACCUACACAGUUGUUCCCACUGUGGAAGAGGAUACAGCCUGAAAUACAAGCUUAUCAUACAUGAGAGAGCCCAUCUAACAAGAAAACCAUAUAAAUGUUCAGUGUGUGGAAAAAGCUUCAGUCAGAAGUCCAAUUUUAUUGUGCAUGAGAGGACCCACACGGGUGAAAAGCCACACAAGUGUGCUGACUGUGGAAAAUUCUUCAGCCACUGGUGGAACCUCUUAAAACACCAGAAGACCCACACAGGAGAAAAGCCUUACAACUGUGGUGAGUGUGGGAAGAACUUCAGCAAUAAAUCAACUCUCGUCGUACACAAGAGGACCCACACCGGUGAAAAGCCAUACCAAUGCUCCAUCUGCGCAAAAGGGUUCACCAGCAAAUCCAGCCUUAUCAAACACGAAAGGACCCACACGGGCGAGAGACCCCACAUCUGUGCAGAAUGUGGGAAAAGCUUCAUCCAGAAAUCAAACCUUCUAAGGCAUGAGAAGACCCACAAAGGAAAGCAAGGGAAUCAGUUCUCCAGUCGUGGGGAAAGUUCCAGGUUUCCCUUAACCCUGCCGAGAAACGCAGGAAUCCAUACAAAAGAAAAACCAUAUAAACGCAUGUCCUGUGAGAAAACCGUCCUUGUGGUCCACAAGAGAAACCCUGCAGGGGAGAAACCGUAUACAUGUUUGGGUUAGGGUUAGGGUCAGGGUCAUACUGGGGUCUAGACAGGCUUAUUCUUUGAUGAGGUGGGAAAAAAAUGGAGACUGAUUCUCAGUAGACAUCAUAGGGAAUGCCUAGAUUUCAUAGGAAAUGCCUAAACGCUGCCAUCUGCAUCUUCUGUUGUGUGAUGAAACCCUUCCUAGACUGUAUGGGCAGCCAGUGAGGUAUCAUUCCCAUCUUAAGAGUGUUGGUCCAUGGAUAUGCGAAGAAACACAAUCUCCCUCAUGUAGAGAAUUACCACAGCAGGGAAAAGAAAUCCCUGACAUACAUGUUUUGUACUUGCAGGGCAUUCAUGUACGGAGGAACAAACUAUUCUCCAACAGCAUGAAGGAGUACUGUGUGAAUGCUUUAUCUGUGUAAUGUCUGGAUCCACCACGGGGCUUAUCCUUCAUUCUGAAUUUUGGACAGGAUCUUAAUACCUUCCUCAGUUACCUUUGUUUUGGCUUUCCUUCCUUAAUUAAAGCAUUUCAGAAAGAAAACACCAGGGCUGCUGCAAGGUCAGGUAUCCCCAUGGGAAUGGGUGUUAGACAAAAUUCACAAAUGAUCAUAUUUGAUUUGGGUGGCUCAGUCCAUCGAUCCAGGUUGAUGGAGGAAGGAACGGGGCAAAAAGAAUGUUGGGGAUGGAGGGAUCCCAUUCAGAUUGAAUUUAAGAUCCUUUGGUUGAAGAGGACCCAACCUACGUUGGGGAAAGGGCGGGAAUGGACAAAGGAUUGAGAUAUUCAGUAGGUUUUUCCUUUCCUUGGUGAUCUGUAUCAGGAGUUUUGCCAUGAAGGAGACAUACAGACAUCUCAGUCCAAUCUUAACCUUUAAUCCCAUAUUCAGAGAGACAUCAAUGCCACCCAUGUCAUAGUUUCAGCUCUCAUGUUUUAUGGGUUGCUAGAACUUUUGUUGUUACGACGACGAUCUUAUUCUAAAAUGAGUAGAUAGUUGCUAUUAUUGUUUCUCAUUGUAGGCUGCACCAAGGCUCUUGUUAUCGGGAGCCAUAAGUAUUGUUGAUGAAUAAACUUGAAAAUAUUUA